CGCACUGAGGGUCGGGACCCUGCAGUUGUCCAGAGGCUGGCGCUUACCGAGAGCGAGUAUCCUGGCGGCCAGCUUGAGUGUGAUUGAGUGACAUUUUCCCUUAAAGAUCGGUACCGGCUCGGCUUCGACUCCCACACAGCUGACUGUAGAGUUAGACUCGCCUUCAGAACCUCAGUUAAUUACUAUCGAAGGUCUUGUUGGCCUGGGAGGCAUCCCACAGAGACACUCUAGGGCCCUUGCCAGAGUCCCCAGAACUUAGAGGACCCCAGUAAGCUGUGUUGAUAAAACCAAUACUGAAGCACUGGAUGUUCGCCCUGCGUCUCCGCCUUCCUCGUUUCUAGCUAUGGAUCAGAAACUUCCACAGUUGAUAGAGGAGCUCACAACUUCAGGAGAAUCCCAACUGAAUGCUCAGAAAAUGAAGGAACUGAAGAAAAUUUGCAAGUCUUCAGAGGAGCAGCUGAGUCAUGCUUACCAUCUGCUGAAGACACAGCUGACCCAGGACCAUGCUGAGAUACGCCUCUCAGCCUUCCAGAUCGUGAAUGAGCUCUUCACCAGGUCUCAUCAGUUCAGAGUGCUGCUCGUUUCUGACUUCCAGGAAUUCCUAGAGCUAACACUAGGCACGGAUAAUGACCAUCCCCUGCCACCCCCACGGGAGGCAGCCCAGAGGCUAAAGCAAGCAGCCAUGCAGGCUGUGGAAGGUUGGAAUGAGAAGUUCGGGGAGGCCUAUAAGAAGCUAGCCUUGGGCUACCACUUCUUAAAACACACCAAAAAGGUGGAUUUUCAGGAUGUCAAUGCUAGGACUGUGGCAGAAAGGAAGCGAGAAGAGGAGAAGCAGAAGCACUUGGAUAAAAUCCACAAAGAAAGUGCUGAGCGGGCUAAGAGGGAAAUGGAAGAAAUGUCUGAUGAAAUCAGAUGCUGCCUGACAGAAGUGGAGAACUGCUUUAAGCUGCUGGUGCCCUUGGACUUGGGCCCAUACCCAGGGGAUAAAUUCUUUGGUGAGGCAUCUAGCAUAACAGAGGGCCAUGUUCCUUGCACCUUGAGCCCAGACCUGGCAACUUCUCAAGAGUCUGGUCUCCUUGGAUCCCAGAAUGAAGAGCAGCCAUGCUGUAGCAAGGACUUGGUUGCCUCUACAUACCACAUAGGAUCUGAUGCUGGUCUGAAGGUACUAGCCCAAACAGCCAUGCCAGACCCCUCCAGGGACGACGAUGAGCACAGUGACCCAGAGGAGUUCCUGAGGAGCCAUGGGCUGGGAUCCCACAAGUACACACUGGAUGUGGAGCUCCCCUCAGAUGGUCUGAAGGUGCAAGAGAAUGAAGACAACCUUGCCGUCCUCCAUGCUGCUCGAGACUCACUCAAACUCAUCCAGAUCAAGUUUCUGCCAGCUGUGUGCUCCUGGGUCCAGCGGUUUACCCGUGCGGGGAUCUACAGUGGACACUUAAAACAGGCCAUUGACCUGAAAAUGGAAUUGGAACUUGCUGUGAAGAAAUAUGAAGAACUGAACAUCAAGCCUGAGAGAGGACAGAGGAGCAGGACAGAAGCCCUAGAGGACAGCGAAGAUGAGGACCAGGACUUUGUGGAGGUCCCAGAGAAAGAAGGUUAUGAGCCCCGAAUCCCUGACCACCUCCGGGCUGAAUAUGGGCUGGAGCCAAAGGCCCCACUGAAGACCCUGGAGAGAGGUAGGGCUGUGUGCAGCUUACAGGAGAGGACAAGGAUGAUAAGAGAAGAGGAGGCAUCAGACCCCACCUCUGCAGCUGCCCAGCUGUUGCGGCUCCAGGACUACUUGCCAUCUAACUCACCCUCCUCUACGAGGGUACCCCUGGGGCCAGAGGAAGCCCAGAAGCAGGCAGAGCGGGCCCGAGCACCUAUUGUACCCUUCGGAGUGGACCUGUGUUACUGGGGCCAAGAGAAGCUAACAGCGGGAAAGAUCCUUAAAUCUGACUCUCAACACCGCUUCUGGAAACCCAGCGAGGUAGAGGAGGAGGUAGACAGUGCCCAUGUUUCUGAGAUGCUCCGGAGCCGACACAUUACCUUUGCAGGGAAGUUUGAGCCUGUGCAGCACCAGUGCCGGGCCCUGAAGCCUAAUGGCAGGCUCUGCGAACGCCAGGAUCGGCUAAAGUGCCCAUUCCAUGGGAAGAUCAUCCCCAGAGAUGACAAGGGGCAGCCCCUCAACCCAGAGGACAGAGCCCGUGAGCAAAGGCAGCAGCUUCAGCGGCAGCAGGCACAUCCAGCUUGGCAGGACCCUGAGUUUAUGAAGGAUGUGGAGGCAGCCACAGGGGUGGACCUCGGCUCCUCGAAGUAUAGCAAGAAGGGCAAAGGGAAAAAGAAGAAGCACCCCAACCUCACUGACCUGCGGGAGCAUGCCAACACCGCCCGGGCCCGCCUGGAGAAGAAGGUCUUUGCCAAGGCAGCUGUGCAGAGAGUAGUUGCUGCCAUGAACCAGAUGGACCAGAAGAAACACGAGAAGUUUGCAAACCAAUUUAAUUAUGCACUGAAUUAAAAGGCUAUGGGAUGGAUGUGCUGUGGUCCCCUUUGGCCGUCAGGUCUUUUCCUUUCACCAGUUUGCUAGGAUAGGAGAAUAGGGUUAGGUCUGGGUAGGAUCAGAACUUGUAUUUUUAUGUAUGUAAGUAACAAUGGAAAAUGAUACAUUUAUAUACUCUCUAGUAGGCCAGGGAAUGUAGCUUAGCAGUAAGGCCAGGGUUUGGUUUCCAACUAUUUUAACCAUACAUAUGGCACCCCACUUACAAUCCCGGAUCUUGGGAACAUAAACAGGACUGUGAGUAUGGGUUACAGAGCAAGGCUGCUUGAAAGACAACAAAAAGACAUGAGGUGAUGCACACCUGUAAUCCUGGCACUUAGGACGCAGAGCAGGAGAAUCAACACAACUUAAAAACUAGUGUAUGUAGUAAGUUACAGGCCAGCCAGACUUUGUAAGGACAGUGUGUUUCCAGCGAAGAAAAAGCCCUUCAGAAUAGCCUACUGCAUUAGAGUCAGGGGUAAAGGCUGCCACCCUAACUGGUUGUAGGUCAGGCCUUGGGCAAUAAGUGUGUCCCCAUUAGGUCUGUAGAUUUUAUGAUGGCUCUAGAAGCCCACGCUUUCAUGCACGUGCUGUUUAAUACAGAUGUGCAACUCCUAGCACAGAGCUCUGUGGAAUGUUUCUGUUGAGCCCUAACCCACAUAUCAUGCAGCCCACUAAGUACACAGAUGUAUAACCAAUGAUACUAUCUGCUUCCAGAACUUUAUCCCCCUAGGACGAAUUGCCUGCCAACCCCACUCCUAAGCCCCCUUUCUGUUUGAGGAUUUGUGUUUUCUAGAAUAAUUGGGUCU